ACUCUUUCUUUAAGCUUUAAUGUUUACAACACAAACACUUCGUCAAGAUGGACUCCAUGUACGCAGUAGUGAGUAAUAUUCCAGAGAAUUUUCAUACGGCGGAUCUUCGAGCACACUUUUCGUCAUUGAUUGAAAGUAAAUUAUUUAUUUGUUUUCAUUUUCGCCAUAGACCGGAGAAUACAGCCAAUCGUAAUGACUUAUCAAGAAAUAUUACAAGGAGAUUUUGUUGUGUAGUGAAAAUCUUUAAAACUAGACUUCAGGAACUCAUGGAUUACAACGAAAAACAUUGGUCAGAUGUAUCAGGAGAAACAUUAAGUGAUUUAUGUUAUGUUUCUCCUAUUAAGUUAAAAAUCAAGCAUGCUGAGUGUGCUAAUGAGCAAGAUGCUGUAGAAGAGGAAAAACUGUUACAAAUGCCAGAGAUGAAUCCCCCGUCAUUGAUGCCAAAUGGAAAUGUUGGAACACCUACACUUGUUUUUUUGGACUUCAUUCAAAAGUGUUUAUUACCCAACAAUUUAAUCAAAAAGCUGAAGCUUCAGUUCCCUAAAACUUCAGCUCGUAGAUUGUAUGGGAAUGUUGACUUUAAAUACAGCUGUAGUGAAAACAGAUCAUAUGAUUACACUUAUGAAACAGAUAAUUCAAAUGGCAAUGGAAAGGAUAUUUUAAAUUCAGAUACUAUAAAAACCAAAGUAUGGACUUGCAAACCUUAUUUAAAACAACUGAAGAAUUUAGAAGCAUGUAAAAGUUCUUUAGUUGCAAAUAAAUCAACAGAAAAUAUGAAUAAUCAACCUUGCAAUCAUGAAGACAUUUUUUAUUCACAACCAAACUCACUACAACAUUCAAACAUUGUAAACAUCAUUCCUCUAGAGGCAGUAAAGGCUGGACAUUCAAGCCAUGUUUCAGCUCCCAACAUUACAGAUACAAGUGUACAGCAACCAGAAAUGACACCAGAAAAUACUUCAAAAGAAAAUAAAAUCAAAACACCAGAAGAUCAGAUCACUUUUAUUAAACCAUCAUUAGUUGCCCCAGCCAAGAGAGAUAGGCAUAAAACAAAGGCAGAUAAAAGACUUACUAGACUGAUGAAAGCUGAAGGAAUAGAAGAAAAGUUUAUUGCUAUAGAUAGGAAAUAUCAUAACGAUGAUGAUGCAGAGGAAUGGGACCGUCAUGAAGCCAGUGAAGAUGACCCCAGUAACCAGGAGAGAAACAAGGAAAGACUUUAUGAAGAAGAAAUUGAACAGCCUUGGGAAAAGGGAGGGGCUGGUGUAAACUUCUACACGGAUGCUGUGUACUGGCAACAGCAAGAAGGGGAUUUUGAUGAGCAAACCACUGAUGAUUUGGAUGUUGACUUCAGUGCUUAUGAAGAACCAGGCUCAGGGGAUAUGGAUAUUAAAGACUUUUUAAAAAUCCGCCAGGAAGAAAGGUUUCGAAAUGGUAUUGACAACACAGACAUGUUCUCAAUAGGCAUUGGGCAUAGGCUUCCUAAGCAGCACAAUUCAGCAGUUUUUAAAAAUAAGACUCAGCCUAAGAUUGGGGCAUUUGAAUGUUAUUCAAAAGGCAUUGGAAGGAAACUAUUGGAAAGUCAGGGGUGGCAAGAAGGUCAAGGCCUGGGCAGAAACAAAAAGGGCAUUGCUGAAGCACUUACAGGCAAAGGCCAGAAGCCAUAUAACAAAAGAGGAUUAGGGUAUGUUGAGAAGGAACGGGUUUUAUAUGGAGUUUCCAGAUUAAAGCAGCCAAGUAACCCUCCCCUAAUCACAACUGUUUACGAUGAUCCAAAACUGACAGAUCCUAAAGUGCCUCUUCUACAAAGAGCAGAACUUUCAACUCUUAAGCAUAGGCCAUGUCAUCUUGAAAAGUUUAAUUAAAAUUAUACUUAUGA